AUGCCAGCCGAUCGACUGCUUGGGACAUUGCUGAGAUCUCUGCAGACCUACACUGAUCAGCAAGAUACUCCACGGCUACUCGGAACCGCUUCAUCCCUCUUGACGACCCUCAACAACCCACUGAACGUCACGCUGCUGACCAGCCAGCUACUGUCCGCUCCCGCGAUCUGGACAGAGCCCGAAGGCCUUCGAACCUCUGUCCGAUGCUUAAGCGCCUUUCAUUCUGCCACGCAAGCUCUAGUCAAGCAUGAGCAUGCUCUGCGCGAGAAGUCGGCUGAUGCAGACUUUGCAGACCUGCAGCUGGAGCGAACGCUGCCUAAGAAUGAAUGGGUGAAAGCUGUAAUCAGUGGCGCCGACGACCAUUCACGGAGAUGGCGACAUCUACUUGCUCUUGGUGGACUCCUGCUUGGUUUUGGCUCACCAGACGAUGGAAAUCUAUCCAGCAGUAUGCGAAGCACCAUCGAGAGCGCUUUGGUGACGGCCGCCAACCUCGCCCUGGAUGAGACGCCUGAAGAGGACCAAUUGGGCUUGGACUCAAUCACCCUUGUGCUAAACCAUGCCUUCCCAUACGUUGCCGACCACGAACGAGCAGGGCUCACCUACGACAGUCUUCUUCCUGUGUUGAUUCGAUCCGUCUUACAUUCUGGCGAAGGCCUUCGCUCUGGAUACUUCCUUGGGUCCGUUGACCAAGACGUCCGCCAAGUUUCAAACGACAGAUUCCAGUGGCCAGAGCAAUCGCGUUCCUUCCAGCAGAUCCAAGCAAUGCUCAACAGCCCAAUCGUGUCGUCGCUCGGGCCAUUGUCUCGACUGAUAGGUCAUGCCAUCGAGCAAGUCGACCAGCCCUGGCUCGUUUCGGCUGCGAUGGAGGAGAUUGUUCAGCUAACUCGCAACAUCCAUCUACAGUGGCGGCAGACUAAGCUGUCGGAGAUUGAUGCUUCGGAAGAGAACCUCUUCUUGGACCAGCAAACGCUGGGGAAAACCGUGCCUCAGCUUUGGAAGCUGCUCAGGUCCUUGCUUUUUGCGAUAGUAAUCAUGUUGCGCAGUAUUACCGGGAGAAUGCUCUGGCAUGGCGCAUUGGCAAAUGACGAAGUCGCCCCCAAACUAGCUGCUCAAGCUCUCCAUGUGAUGCGCAACCUGUACUUCGCGGCGGUCAAGACCGGAUCUGCAUCGUUCUCGCAGUACACGUUCGCCUACCUGACGGCUAUGGACGCUCUUUGCGCUUAUCCACCGGAAGUUGAAGCAUUCUUGCAGUCGAUUCGACCAGCUGAAACCUCCGGCAUCCCUCAACACCCUCUCGACCGCAACCUCGAUCUCUUCUUCCUCAACACCGCAGAGCACUUCACUUUCGUCGCAUCGCCAAAGAUCAACGAGGAUCUCCUCGCAGCCACAGCAUCACGCUACCUGGUAGCAGGCGAAAGCAACCACCUUCUACCAAUUUUCGAGGCAGCCCAUAGCGGCGUGCUUGCGGUGUUCUCCGCGCCGCAGAACGCGGAUAUCACCAGACGACACUUGCCAUUUUACAUCGAUGCGUUGUUCGGCGUGUUCCCGGAGAAGGUGUCGGCACGACAAUUCCGGCUUGCGUUCAGGACUUUGUUGCGCCUCACCAGUCCGCCCGCUGUGUUGGCUGCCAGCGAGCCCAUGCUGAGCGCGACGUUGCUGGAACUGCUAAAUGAACGAGCAUUAAACGCAUCGAGUCAACCUCUGCCGCCGAAACCAGCUGAGCAGAGCUCGGAUGCUGAUCCACCGGUCGACCUUUCGGAACAAGCCGUACUCGUGCUUACCGUGAUCGAUACACUACCUCAACUGUCAUUGGAGCUUCUGGACGAGUGGCUGCCGCUUGCCGCUCAGCUGGUGAACAGGAUCGAAGAUCCUGCGAUGCGUGAACACUGUAAAGAGUACUACUGGCAUACGCUCGUUGGCGGCGAGAUGGACCCAGACCGGAGCGGCGUGUGUCACGACUGGUGGAGCACUCGUGGCGGAAGGGAGAUGCUGCUAUUUGGAGAGAGUGCUGGCGAGGAGCAGGACUUCAGCAUGAGUGGCGCUUUGCCGGACGAGGCGAGGGAAAGCAAGUUAUGA